CAGGAAUUUGGAGCCAAACUGCCAGAAGAAUGGUGCUCAUCCCCUGAAAUCCGUCUUCCCCACGUUUGACUUUGCUGGUGGCAUUCGCAUUUUCUUCCUGGAAAAUUAAUCACAAUUUUUUUAAAAAAUUCUAAAAUAUUUUUUUGGAUCAAACCCACUACCUUUUGCUUGUGAUAUUUUCCUUUGUUUCGUCCCCAAGAUAAAUCCAAACAUACAAUUUGUCGUUAUUGGGCAAAUUAUCCAUUAUUCGUUUCCUCUACCCGUUCAGGUGAAACUGCCCAUGAUUCCGCAAUUUGACUUUGCUUUCCAUUUUAGUAAGAACCAUUUUGAAUUUCAAUUCCGAGGAAAUCAAUGCGGGUGUCGACGUGAUUGAUUUUAUCUUUGAUGCAGAGAGAGAAGCGGCGGUUCAAAAGGCCCUUUUUUUGGCAUAGACAGACAUCAAUAUGUGGUUAUUUAAAUAUGUUUUAAUGCUUGCGGAGGAGGAGUUGAUACAUGGCAAUUCACAGACAGUAUCAGUUAGAUUCUUGAUUUUUUUUGCUAGAUUGAGGAGAUGAUGGCUAUUCACAGACAAUAGCAUAGAAGAUUCAUGAAUUUGGUGCUAUUGAAGGAUGGAGAUGUCUACCCAGCAAGUGAAUUCUGACCCCAACAAUGUAUCUGGAUCAGGAGGUUGCCUUUAUGAUCUAUUAUAUUCAGAGACACCAAAUUGGAAAGUGGAUUGUCAGAAAAUUUCUGGCCCACGAGGAAGAUUAGAGAAUCUUUUGCAUCAUUCAGGGAAUAGUGUUUGUGCAGAUUGUGGAUCUCCAGAUCCAAAAUGGGUAUCUUUAAGCCUCGGAGUAUUUAUUUGUAUCAAGUGCUCUGGUGUUCAUAGAAGUCUAGGGGUUCAUAUAUCAAAGGUUUUAUCUGUUAAGCUCGAUGAGUGGACAGAUGAACAAGUAGAUGCUUUGAUGGAUUUGGGUGGCAAUAUGGUGGCAAACAAAAAGUACGAAGCUUAUGUUCCAGAUGAAGUCAGAAAGCCCAAACCAGAUUCUUCUGCAGAGGAGCGCACUGAUUUCAUUAGGAGAAAAUAUGAGCAGCUAGAAUUUUUGAACCACCCUCAAGAAAGUAUGACCUGCCCCUUUCCAGCUCCUCAUAAAAGAGCAACAUCCUUGAGUGGUAGUUCAUCAAGCUCUAACUCUUAUCAAGAUAAGAGACGCUAUGAUAAACAACCAACCAGAAAUCGCAUUGGGCAGGCAUUUCGUAACAGCUGGGGAAGAAAAGAUGCCGAGCACAAGAACACCAAGAAGAGCAAUUCGUCGGCAGGUAUGGUUGAAUUUAUUGGAUAUGUUAAGGUCAAUGUGGUCAAAGGCACCAACCUUGCAGUUCGAGAUGUGAUGAGCAGCGAUCCAUAUGUCAUUCUUGCACUGGGUGAUCAAUCAGUGAAGACACGAGUCAUAAAGAAUAACUUGAAUCCUGUCUGGAAUGAAAGUCUAAUGUUGUCGAUUCCGGAACAUAUUCCCCCUCUAAAAAUACUUGUUUACGAUAAGGAUAAAUUCUCGACCGAUGACUUUAUGGGGGAGGCUGAGAUUGACGUUCAACCCCUUGUUGCAGCUGCCAGAGCUUAUGAGAGAUCCGAUAUCAACGAGUCGAUGCAACUAGGGAAGUGGAUAGCAAGCAAGGAUAACACACUAGUUAAAGAUGGUAUAAUUACCCUACAAGAUGGGACUGUGAAACAAGAGAUCAGUCUUAGGCUACAAAAUGUUGAAAGGGGAGUGCUAGAUAUUGAGCUUGAAUGUGUUGCUAUUACUCAAUAACUGUUUAGCUUAGAGAGCUUGUGAAAAGAUAACUAAUUGAACAUGAUGUUAUGGUGGUUAAAAAAUACCAUAUCAAGUAUCAACCACAUACAGGAACCUCUUGCCCUGUCACUUUGAACUUUCAUUGCGUCAAGACUUUUUUUAUAGCAUUUGAUAUUAUUCUUCCUCUG